AUGCACCGAACAUUACAGCGAUCAAUAUCAAUAGUAAAUCGAAAACUUCGAUAUUUAAAUGGUCGAGCUGGUGGAAUUGGUGAUUGGAUCUAUCGAUUUUCCCUCAUAUUUUUCGCAUUUUUAUGUGGUUCAGUUUGGUAUUCAAGAACAAUUAACAUGUGGGCGAUGAAAAAUAUUGGAGACACAUUUUUGAGAAAAGAGAUCUGUUAGUUUUCCCGGAAAUGCAAGGGUCAAAAGUUCAACAAACUAAUUUUGCAGAUUCUCGUCAGAUAAUUCUUGGUGCAUUUUGGCGUGAUGAAAGUGAACAAAAUGUAGAGGGAAGAUAUGCGGUGAUACAUUUUCUAGCUGAUGGAAGAAUGGAACAUCCGCUGUAUUGUUUUUCGAUGCAAGCAAAUAAUCGAUAUAUGAGUAGGUUUUGAAAAAAUGGGAACUUUUUUUCAAAAAAUUUCCUGCGAGGGUUAAUUUUUCCUGCAGCAGAAGUUUUUUAUUAUGAAAAUAUGAGAAAAAUAAUCGUAUUAAUAUUUUUUGAUUAGAGGAGUGCAAUAUGUUCUAAGUAUUGCUAUUGAGCAGAAAUGUUCAAAUUCGCACGGUGGGUCACAAACUAAUUGUUGGGAGAAAAUUGAAAUAAUGAGAGAUAGGAAUAAGAUGGAAUGCUUGAAAGAAAACAUUGAAAAUAUUUUCUGGUACGUCGGGGAUGUUUUUAAAGGCAUGAAUUGUCUGUAAUUAUGUCUAGACCUUGUAAAUUAUAAAUUUUAGAGCUAUGGAAUCUGAUAUUGAUAUCCUGUGUGAUCAACUGCUAAUUGAAGUUGCGGGUGUAGAUUUUGUGAAUUCAAAAAACAUUCAAGCUUCUGCCUAAUGAAAAACAAAGCGUGUAAAUGCUGAAACUUUCAUUACGAAUAUUUCGGUUUUUCGGAUUAAUAAAAUCGUAUUAAACGAGCACAAUAUGUUUCAUCACUAAAAACUGAUUGUCUGGCACAGUAAUGUUUGUCACCGCACGGCGGAUUGCAAAUAUAUUCUUCCGAGAAAAUCGAAAUAAUAAGAGUUAGGAAUAAGAUGAAAUAUUUUAGAGAAAACAUUUUUUUUAAUUUUUUGGAAUUCCGGCGGGUGUUUUUAAAGACAUGGAUUGAAUGAUGUCUAGACUAUGGUAACCGCUUGUUGGUUCAACCAUUUUUAUUUUUAGCUAAUGAAUUCGAGAUUUAAAAAAUUUCAAAUUUGUUGAAAUCUCUUAUUAUUCCAGACUUAUCCAAUUUUCUCUAUAAGGCGUAAGAAUUCACUCAGGCGUUAUUUAAAAAAGCCGCCAAAAAAUUUCUCUGUAAGUGUUUUUUAAUUACAUAAUAAACAUUAAGAUCCUAUCGAUUCUAGUUUUUUCAUUACGUAAGAAGCAUAAAAAAUUUAUUUUCACAAUCAGAAAUUUAUAAUUUCAUACAAUAAUUUUUUUCGCUAGUUCUUGCUCUUUGACAUCUCCAUCCUUUAUCGCAUUCUGGUUCACAUUUCAGAGCAAAAAUUUGAGAAGCCAUGAAAAAUACAAAAAUUAGAGACACCAAGAUUCUCGACAUUUUCUGUUUGGAAUUAGGAAAUUUGGGUUCGCAGAGGAUUUUAAAAGAUAUUCGCUGAGAAAAUUCCACGUGGAUUGAGGCGUUGUUGUUGAAAAAAUAUGAAAUGUCUAAGAGUCGUUAAAAAUCUGAAAAUAAUUUUUCAAAAAUUACAGUAACCCGUGCGAAUGUUCAACGAAUUCAUCGAGGAAAAAGAGCAUCUUCGGAUAUUUGCUCAUGGGCUGGACAUAUUGCAGAAUGUGAAUUGGAUGUACAUUCAUUCAAAGAUUUCAAGUUAGUUUUUCUAUUCAACUUCUAAACUGCCACGUGAACUUUUUUUUUUUGAAAAAUUGAAUUGUUCAUUUCGAACUCGAGUAGGUUAUGUUUUAUUCCGAGAAAGAAUUCUUCAACUUCCAAAGUUGAAGAAUGCUGAUCCACAUUACCAAGUCAUUUUUAUUUCAGAAUCAGUACAACACCAAAUGUGGAAGAUUCAAUGUUAAUCACUCCUGAAACUCCAUUAAAAGAGCCACGUCGACAUGAUAUGGUAGUUUGUAUGGCUCCAAUGUAUAUUUAUACCGAUUGGGAAAUUCUGAUAACUGGAAUUGAAACUUGGCUCGCCAUGGGUGCUUCGAAAAUCGUUGUUCCUGUUCAAUCUGCCUCAAAUGCCACCUAUAAAAUUCUGCAAGAAUACGAGAAAAAGGGGCUUGUCAUAAUUAGACCUUGGUCAAAAUGGCCUAUUCUAUCAGAUACCAAUCCGAAUGGUCUUGUUUUAUCUCGAGGAAUUGAAGAGUCUCAUGUGAAUUGUUUAUUCUUUGUGAAACCUUGGUCAGAUAUUGUCGUGUUUUCGGAUAUUGAUGACUUUUUAUUGCCACUUCAACCGGAGACUUUGAAAUUUGGAGAUAAUUUGAGAAUUAUUAGGGAAUUAUUCGCUGAACAUCCACAAUCUGGAUCUUUGCUUUUUGAACAUCGAGAUGUGCAAUUUGUACCGCCACAAAUUGAAGGAGCUCAGAGUUUGGCAAAGUUUAAUUUUGAGUUUUUGAGAAAUUCGAAAAAUAAAAUGAAUUGCAAUGUUUGGAGAAUGAAGACAAGAGUUGUUGUGAAUGCUAGUAGGUUUUUUUUUAAAUUUGAAACAUGGCUCAUAAUCAUAAAGCAUCUGAAUAUUUGAAUUUCAGGUCGUGUUGAUAGUGUUAAUAUGCACGAAACUGGAAUUCAUCGAUUAGGAUAUGUUCAAACUCGAGUUCCAUGUCGCCAGGCUCAUUUUUAUCAUCUCAGACACUCGCAUAACACAGUUCCCUCACCAACACCAAUCAAUAUGUCACCAUUUGCUGAUUUAUUGAACAAGUGAGUUAAUUUCGCUCUAACGCACUAUUUCUUAUUGAAAAAUAAUUUUUGCGAUAGAGCGCAUUUGAUUUUUCAGACAAUGGACUGAACGCCUAGAAACAUUCACCGAUUUCAAAACCCAAUUUUUGAAUAAAACAAACACGGAAUAUUUGGAAGAUUUUGAUCGUUGUAUGGGUGCAAUUAAUGACGAACAUUGGAGUAUGAAAGUUAGUUUUUUUAUUUCAGAAGCCCUCUGCAUCUCUAACCAUGUUUCUCCAGGUCUCUCGAUGUCUAACUCCACACGUAUGUUUCAGUCGCCUGAGGCGGCAAGUUGAUUGCGUUGCUGUGGCUUCAGAUUAUGAAUUUUAUCGAUCAGGAAGGGGUUAUUUUAUGAAUCCUAUUAAUUGUGAGUUUCCAAUUUUGAAGCAUAACUGAUUUUCGAAUAACUGAAUUUUUCAGCACGAAUUCAACGAUCUGAAACAAAUUGCGAAAGCCCAACGCCCGAAUUCAUUGCCGGUAAUCAUUAUUUUUCACCUUAA